AUGCUAAAUUUAAAAGAAAGUCAGGACUGGAAAAAAGGAAAAAAGUUUGAUUCUGCUACUUUGAUAUAAAUUUUUUGCUUUUUUUUAUUGUUGGUGAAUCAGAAUUUAAAUGGAAUGACUCAACAUUCGGAAGCAAGCAUUUUUUAAGCUGAUCAAUUUCGUAUUCCAGAGGAACACUCAAUUACGGAUGAAUAUUUCAAUUUCGGUGACACUAAUAACUUUGCAUUUUCUGACCUUGAUUUUGAGAGAAAUAAAUUUUUGCCAAUUGAAUUCUCAUAUAUUGAUAAUAUGGACAUGGAAGAUUAAUUUAGUACAGGGUAGCAACAACCACAAUAAAUGAAACCAACAUCAAUGUAGUAAUAAUAUGACAAUUUAUUUGAAUUUAAGAGCUCAAUCAAGAGUAAAAUAAUUGGAGGAUCUGAUUUUUUUUCUAAAGUAUUAGAUUACGCCAAUAAAUUAUAAAUGAAUAAAUUCAAGUCAAGUAAUUUUGUUCUAUUUACAUCAGUCCCCAAAAUUAAUGAUAAAACCCAAAAAAAGAACAACCACUCAGCUAGAAUUAAAGGGGAAAAGCAACAUAAAUUUAUGAUUUCUAAAUUAGAAUCUUGGGAUGUCCAUCUAAAAUCUAUUCGAACACAUUUUAUGUAAAAAAUUUUUAAUAAAUUGUGGAAAGUACCUACUUAAUAGAUCCUCAAAACACAUUGCUUUUCAGGCAAUAAUAGUUAAUAAAAUAAAAUUCAUAUAAUAGUGUAUUUAUAAAAUGAAAUGGAACAAGUAGAAAUAUAGUAUUCUGAUUUCUAACUAAAAUAAGAAAUUUACUAAAACAUAAUAUAAAGAAUGAUUUUCUGCUUAGAUUUAGCAAUUUAAUUAAAUAAUUAAGCAGACGAUCUUAUUUUUGAUGUCUUAUUUAAAGGAUUUAUUGCCGAAUUAUUUCAUUAUUGA